AUGAACGCACUCCGGCAUGUGACAAGAAACCUGCGCAAGUAUCCGAUCGUCGCGAAUUCGGUCACCUACGGCGGCCUCUACAUGGCGUCGGACCUCACGCAGCAGACGCUCCGACACUAUUACGUCACGGGCCGCGGCGACGAGCACCGCCUGCAGGUCGACUGGCGUAGCGUCGGCAAUUUCGGCGCGACAGGAACCUUCCUGCUCGGGCCGAUCGUCUUCCUGUGGUACCGGAUGCUCGACCACUGGAUGCCCGGGAAGGCCCUCAGGAUACUCAUCCCGAAGGUUGUGGUCGAUCAGGGCGUGCUUGCGCCCUGCACGCUCGCUCUUUUCUUCGCAGCUCUGGGUACUCUCGAAGGGAAGUCUGUCGCAGAUGUAAAGAAAGAGAUCAAGCAGAAGUAUCUAACAACAUACUUGGUGUCAUGGUUAUUUUGGGCACCAGCGCAGCUACUCAACUUCUACUUACUGCCUCCACACUUCCGCACCGUCUACGUUGGAUCAGUUGCUCUCAUUUGGACAACCUUCCUCUCUUUCGUAAAACAUGCUGACGGGACUAAACUUAGUGAUGCUGAGGGGGAAUCAGGCUGAGAGAGGAAUUACAGAGAUUACUGAUAUCUUACAGAG